AUGAAAUUUCUAAAAUGUCUGCUCCUCCUCCUCCAUUCUUCUCCUCACUCUUCUCUUUUCUCAGAGGCUGCUAAACCAAAUUCAAAGCCAGACACAAAGACAGAGAGAGAAGAGUUUCUCUUCGUGUGCAUCCAAUAAUCAUUCUGUGUCUCCAGGGAUAACAACGUAGUCACCUGAAAUUCAGAAAACCCAUUUUUCAUAGAACUGAGAAAAAGAAGCGUCCAAGAGAGAUAGAUAUGACGGAAAACGACGUCGUCACAGCAGGAGGAGGUUGUACUGUUGUGGUUGGCGUGAAGUUCGAUACGUCGUCGAGCAGUGAGCUGCUUGAUUGGGCUUUGGUUAAGGUAGCUGAACCGGGCGAUACCGUCAUCGCUUUCCACAUUCUCACCAAUGAGAUCACCGAUCAAGCAGGCAACAACUCUUCGCUUCUCUCCCUUGUUAAAACUCUCGACUCUGUUCGUGAACUCUACGAAGGUCUCUGCAAAUUGAAACAGGUUGAGUUGAAGCUGAAACUAUGCCGAGGCUCUUCUUCUACUCGAAAGGUUCUUGUUAAAGAAGCGAAACUGUGUAAUGCAUCCAAAGUUGUGGUUGGAGUUUCCAAAAGAUGUCACACGAUUCAUUCUUCUGUCUCUGUGGCUAAGUACUUAGCCAGGAAACUGUCAAAAGACUGUUGGGUCAUGGCUGUUGACAACGGUAAAGUCAUGUUUCAGAAAGAUGGUUCUCCAUCAACCAUUCAUCAUUCCAAAGGGAAAGGUAAUGCUCGUAGGAACACAUUGUCUAGCUUCUUUCAGAUGCCUACCACACUGCAAAAGAAUACAAAAGUAGUUAACAAUCCUGAGGAAGAAGAAACAGAGGAGGAUCGUUCCAAUGAAGACAGUCUACGGCCACCACAGGCUUUGUUGUCUUCCUGCCUUGGGAAUCGCUCUGUUUGUGGGAAUGUAUCUGGAUCAUCUAGUUAUUAUGGUGAUGGUGAUCAAGAUGAUAACGCUGAUGAUGAUCUCGACAAGUCAAUGGCCUCUGAGCCCCCCGCAAAAGCUCCAGAGGAUUUGACCAGAUUCGUCAAUCUGCUGGUAAAGGAAUUGCCUGAGUUUAGACCAGGCUGGCCUUUGCUUUGUCGUGUACCUUCUUCUUCAGAUGUGUUGUGUAAUAAUGUUCCGAGAAGUUGUUCCUACAGAAAAAUACCAGUUGCUCAGUGGGUGCUGAAGCUUCCUUCUAGGGCCAACUCUGCUGUUGGGAGUUCAGACGCUAAGCGGAUUGGUUUUGAUUUUUCUGAAUCUGAAGUUGAUAAUAAUAAGUUGUCUAGCUUGAACGCUGAUAGCCGAGCAGUUGUUCCUGAUGGUAAUGACUCUAUGAUCUUAAAAUGUUCUCCAAGAAGAUGUCCAGAGGAAUUAGAGGGACUUCAUGAGAGGUUCUCCACAUCUUCUUGCCAGUCCUUUAAGUACAAUGAACUUGUGUCAGUGACAUCAAAUUUUUGUCCUGAUAAUUUCAUCGGAAAAGGAGGAAGCAGCAAGGUGUAUAGAGGUUCUCUGACCAAUGGAAGAGAGGUUGCAGUGAAAAAAAUUCUCAAGCAAAACAAAGGCGUCUUGAAAGAUUUUGUGGCAGAGAUUGACAUCAUUACAACCUUAGACCAUAAGAACGUUAUUUCCCUCUUAGGUUACUGCUUUGAAAACAAUAAUUUAUUACUCGUGUACAAUUAUCUCUCAAGAGGAAGCCUUGAAGAGAAUCUUCACGGCAACAAGAAAGAUUCAGUAGCGUUUGGUUGGAACGAGAGAUAUAAGGUGGCUGUGGGAAUAGCUGAGGCGUUGGACUAUCUGCAUAGCAGUGCUCCAGAAUCCGUCAUUCACAGAGAUGUUAAGUCAUCAAACAUAUUGUUGUCUGAUGAUUUUGAGCCACAACUUUCUGAUUUUGGGCUUGCAAAGUGGGCGUCAGUAUCUACAACGCAGACAAUAUGCUCCGAUGUCUCAGGCACCUUUGGGUACUUAGCUCCAGAGUACUUUAUGGAUGGUAAGAUGAACAACAAGAUAGAUGUCUAUGCAUAUGGUGUUGUGCUCCUCGAGCUUCUUUCUGGAAGAAAGCCUAUUAAUAGCGAAUCUCCAAAGGCUCGAGAGAGUCUUGUUAUGUGGGCGAAACCAAUUCUGGAUGAUAGAGAUUAUCCUCAGUUACUGGACCCGAGUUUGCUAGAUGACAACGAUGGUGACCAGAUGGAGAGGAUGGCUUUAGCUGCCACUCUUUGCAUAAGACAUAAUCCUCAAUCUAGGCCAGAGAUGGGAACGGUCUUAGAUCUUCUUAAAGGUGACAUGGAGAUGCUAAAGUGGGCAAAGGAAGAAACUAGCAACGGUUUAGAGGAUUCAAAGCUGCUCAAAGACGAGAAACUGCAUAGGUCAAAUCUACUACAGUCACAUCUAAACCUAGCGUUCCUUGACAUGGAAGACGACGCUCACUCCAUGGUAAGCAUGGAGCAAGGCAUCUCCGUGGAGGAUUAUCUUAAAGGCAGGGAAAGCCGCUCAUCAAGCUUCAACUGAGCAUUGUUCCAUUGUCAACAACAACAAAGCACAACUUCAAAACUUUUCAAGCUGAGACAAGUCAAGACUCUCUCUUGUACGUGACUCACAAGGUACCUGUGUCAAUGUAUAUUAUAUUAUGAAAGAAAAAGUGCUUCUUUUCAUUUGGAUAGGGUGGUGGAUGUGUUGUGGGUUCUAUUACCCCUCCUCCCUGCCUUGGUUUAGAGUUAUAAAUGCAGCUUUUAAGAGUUAUGGGGUCUGUUUUACAACUUUUGCAUUUGUUGGGGGCAAAACAGAAAUGCAAUAUGUGCAUUCCUUGAUCCUAAUGGAUCAAAGUGAAUUUUCUUUGUCAUGUAUUUGCUCAUACCUGUCACUAUCUAACAUUAUCUUGUUGAAAUGCAUUGUUUCAUUCAUAGUGCC